UGUGUGUUUCAGGCGCGCGCCGCGGCCCGGCCCGCCUGACCUGACCUCACCUGACCUGACCUCACCGGCCAUCACCAUGGUGGACUACUACACGGUGCUGGAUGUGCCCCGGAACGCGCCCAGUGAACAGAUCCGCAAGGCGUAUCGUAAAUUGGCCCUGCAGUGGCAUCCAGACAAGAACCCAAACAAUAAGGAAGAUGCCACGCGACGGUUCAAAGAGAUCUCAGAAGCCUACGAGGUGUUGAUAGACGAGAAGAAGCGGAAAGUGUACGACAAGUACGGCAAGGAGGGUCUGAAGAACGGUGGACCGAGCAACCAUCAUCACCACCACCAUCACCACCACGGGCACCAUCACCACGGCCACGGGAGUCUGUUCGACGACGACAUCAGCUUCCUGUUCGGCGGCGGUGGCUUCACGUUCAGGGACCCGCAGGACGUUUUCAGGGAGUUCUUCGGCGGAGACCCGUUCCAGGAUUUCUUUGAUGAUUUCUUCUCGGCCGGCCUGGGCGACCCGCUGGUGGGCGGCGGUCCGCACCGGAGCCGGCACGGCCGCAGUCGGAGCCGGCACCACCCGGCGGCGGCGGCCGCCGGCCACCAGCUGUUCGGCGCGCCACUGCUCUUCCCGCCGCUCGGGUUCGCAGGACUCGGCGGCAUGAUGUCCUCGUUUGCCGCCAUCGACGGCAUGAUGGCGUCGGCGGCGGCGCACCACCCGGCGCUGGCGGCGCGCUCGGUGGCCGGCCCCGGCGCCGGGGCAGGGACCACCUUCGUGUCGUCGACCAGCUUCAGCAGCCUGGGCGGCUCGCCGGGCGGCAGCGCCGGCGUGAAGCGGACCUCCACCAGCACAAAGUUCAUUAACGGAAAGAAAAUCACCACGAGAAGGGUAUAUGAGAACGGCCGGGAAACGGUCGACACCUACGAGAACGACGUACUGAAACAGCACAUAGUGAACGGCGUGCCACAACAGUUGGCCUACUCGCGGUAGGAGCCGCCGUCGCCCGGCGCAAGCGUCUAGGAUAUAUGACUGACUUCGUCACCGGUCACGCGACAUGACCUGGCUCGACUCGAUCCAGCCCCACUCAGCCCGCCACGGCCUGGCUCGAGGGACAUGCCGUACUGGCGCGACUCAGUGAGGACCUCGGCGCGAUGGAAGGUUAGCUGAGAAGAUGGAGAGAAGUCGACGGGUCGGUGGCCGGUGGAUGAGAACGGACGGCCGCUGCGGGCAGCUGAUAUCUGGAAGGGUCCGGUCCGUGACUCGUGUUGUGUGACAUCACUGACAUGUGUGACGUCAUACUCCAUUUGCUACCGUGUCUGCAGGAACUAUUAGACGUUACCCCACGAAGUGAUUCUCAAGGCGCCGAUGACCAGUGAACGGUAUAGGCGAGGAAACUAGGACUCAACUAACUUGCCAUCGCAUCCGAGACGGUGGCUGUAUGGUCACAAAGCUGACCGAAGAAGCGGUGUCGCCUCGCUCAGACUUGGUAAUGCGAUCGGAGUCGCUCAAAAGCUCCAAAGUGAGCGGAUCUCCCGAAUGGUCGGAGUCGCUCUCAUGUGAGGGCCGGAGGGGGCGAACUACCGUCAGGGAUGGUACUGCCAGCAGGAACCUCGUGACGGACCAACUUCAGAGUGUGUGGCGAACCCAGCACCGAGACACAUUGAACUUCAAUAAAGGCGAACCCGUGUGGUUCGAUACGUUACGUGUGUGACGUCAUGUGAACGUAUGUAUGACGUGUUGGAUAUUGUGACGUCACCGCUCGGAUGUGACACGCCGAGGAGUUGUUUGUUCAGUGUCGAGAGGUCGCGGCCGCUGGGCUGUGCGAACUGAAUACUGCGUGUUGUGACUCCGUGACGACGGCUCGGAAGGAGCCGGCCAGCCUCGGGCCAGAGAGGUGGUAUUCCGAGCUUUCAUUGUCGCUGCGACCCGUCUGUGUGUAUGUGUGUGUGACGUCACUGCUGUGAUGACGUCAGACCGUCUGCGUGUUAUCGCGGCCGGUCUGCGGCCCCAGUUAUCUCAGUGUAGCGCUCUCCGGCGGUUGGCCGUCCAGUCCAAAGCGAUUUUGCGUUUGACCGAUCGCGUUCAGGUUUAGUUCCAGCGGAAUUAAUAAACAGCCGUCUCUCGCA